GGUCGAGCGCAGUCCGGAAGUGCCCGCCAUGAGCAAGCGCCAGCAGUCCAUCAUGUCGUUCUUCGGCUCCAAGCCCGCGGGGGACGAGCCGGCCGAGUCGCCCAAGGCCAAGCCGACGCCGGCAACGCCCGAGGCCAAGCAGCCAUCAACGAAAAAACCGGCGCCAAAGAAGGCGACGCCCGCCAAAGAAGAGGCGGCGCCCAGGAAGAAAAAGGCGGGCGAAGCAUCCGCGGCGCCGGGUCUCCAAGCCAGCCUCGGUCACAUCGACGACGAUGACGACGACGAUGAUGACGACGAUCCGUUUGCGACUAAGAAGACGCCUGCAAAGAAGCCGGUCGUCGAGUCGGACGACGAGCAAGAAGACGAGACGAUGGGCGCACACGAGGACGAAGAUGUUGCUGCUGAUAACGUCGAGUCAGAUGAUGGCGUCAAAGCGCCGGAAGCCUCGGCGCCCAAGACGGCAACGACACCGAAGAAGGCAACGACUCCGAAGAAGGUGACAACCCCCAAGAAGACUGCAACGACCAAGACUGCAACGCCCAAGAGGGCAACAACACCCAAGAAGGAGCCUACGUCCAAGGAGCCAAAGCCGGCAGACGACACGACCGACAAAAAACCGGCCGACGAGCUCUCGAGCGGAUUCUUUGCCAAGAAGACCGAGACGCCCAAGAAGGAGUCCGCGGCAACGCCAGCCAAAGCCACGUCGACGGCCACCAUGGUACAAGGAAAGGAAAAGGACCCGACGAAGCGCGGCGGCUGGAAAGCUGGUGAUGCCGUCCCGUAUGCUGCGCUUGCGCGUGUGUUUGCUCUUAUCGAAGAAACCUCUGGCCGCCUCGUCAUCCAGGACACCUUGGCCGACUUUCUUCGUAGCGUGAUUGAGCUCACGCCGUCCGAGCUCGUGCCGUGCAUUUACCUCUGCGUCUGCACCGAGCUCGCGCCGGCGUACGAGAACGUCCAAAUUGGCAUCGGCGAUGCGAUUCUCAUCAAGUCGAUUGGCGAAGCCACGGGCACGAACGCCAAGUUUGUCAAAGAACUCUAUCAGAAGGAAGGCGACCUCGGCAAGGUCGCGCUCAACGCCCGCUCCAAGCAGAGCACACUCUUUACGUUCCAAAAGCCCAAGCUCCUCUCGGUGCAGAACGUCUACUCGGACAUGGUCAAGAUUGCCCGCAUGGCAGGCAACAACUCGCAAGCGAGCAAGUGCUCGAUCAUCAAGUCGCUCCUCGUACGCUGCGACAAGGCGUCCGAAGAGGCCAAGUACGUCAUUCGCGGCCUCCAAGGCAAGCUGCGCAUUGGCCUCGCUGGCCAAUCGAUCCUCAUGGCCCUCACGCAAGCCUUUCUCCACCCCAAAGAAGCCAACGACAAAAUCAAGCAAGCGGAAGCGCUCAAGUGCGUCAAGCGCGCGUUCUCGGAAUUUCCCAACUACGAAACGCUCGCACAAGCGCUGCUGACGAUCUAUGAUCGCGAGAACGGCGGGAAGGGCCUCCACGCACCGCAGUUUGAGGAGCUUGCAGCCAUGUGCCACCUAACGCCGGGUGUGCCCGUCUCGCCAAUGCUCGCGCGGCCGACCAAGUCGUACGCCAUGGUCCUCGAUCGGUUCCAGGACCAGCCAUUCACGUGCGAGUACAAGUACGACGGCGAGCGCGCGCAGAUCCACAUCCUCGAGUCGGGCGAGAUUAGCAUCUUCUCGCGCAACUUUGAAAACAGUACCGAGCGCUUUCCCGACGUCAAGCUCAGCAUCCUCAAGGCGGCGAGAAAGAACAACGUGACGAGCUGCAUCGUCGACGCCGAGGUCGUCGCUGUCGACAAGACGACGAACCAGCGUCUUCCGUUCCAAGUGCUCAGUACCCGCUCCCGCAAGAACGUUGUCUUGAGCGACAUCAAAGUCCAAGUCUGCAUUUACGCAUUUGACGUGAUUUACCUCAACGGCGAAUCGCUGCUCAAGGAGCCGCUGCGGAAGCGCCGCGAGAUCCUCGAGACCAUGUUUGAGAUCGAAGAUGGCUCAUUCGAGCUCGCAACGUCGCUCAACGUCACCAACACAAAGGAAGACGACAUGGAGACGACCGUCGAGAUCGUGCGCAACUUCCUCGAGGAAGCUGUGAAAGGCAACUGCGAGGGCCUCAUGGUCAAGACCCUCGAGCAAGAAGCCACAUACGAGCCGGCGAACCGGUCCCACAAGUGGCUGAAGCUCAAGAAGGACUAUCUCGAUGGCAUCGGCGACUCGACCGACCUCGUGCCCGUCGGCGCCUUCUACGGCAAGGGCAAACGCACGGGUGUCUACGGCGCGUACCUCCUCGCGUGCUACGACCCCGAGACCGAGAUGUACCAGUGCAUCACCAAGCUCGGGACGGGUCUCUCGGACGAGGUCCUCCAGCAGUUUUACACGCAGUUCAAGGACAAGACGAUCGACAAGCCGCGGAACGACUAUGAGAUCAACGACGCGAUCAAACCCGACGUGUGGUUCGAGCCGAGCACUGUGUGGGAGAUCCUCGGCGCCGACCUCUCGAUCUCGCCCAAGUACACGGCCGCGAUCGGCCACGUCGCCAAGGACAAGGGCAUCUCGCUGCGCUUCCCGCGCUUCAUUCGGCUGCGCGAAGACAAGAGAACGACGCAAGCCACGACGGCCGCCCAGAUCGCCGACUUGUACCGCGCGCAGGGCCUCAACACGACCAACGACGGCGACAACGACGACGACGACCUCUUGUAG